AUGCCCAGAGACGAUCUCUCAAUAGACUUCGUGAAGAAGAUGGCGCCGUCCGUCGAGGCUCAAGACCCGGCCGUCAUCCUCGAGGAGUUUAUCCACCGCAUGGCUAACCUCCCCGAAGAGGUUCGAUUCAUUCAAGACGAGAUUGCCGACAAAGAUCGCUCCUAUCACGAUUGCAUCAAGACGGUCGAAGAAUGCGACAAUAAGAUCCAGCGCUGGAUACGAUCGAAUGGUAGCCAUCAACACAACCCGCGGGAGGCCCAGCUGCGUGAGACUAUUAGGGAUAACUACACGCGCGCUGAGAAGCUUGCCGACGAAAAGGUUGCCUUAUCGCAAAGAGCCCAGACCUUGUACGACAAGCACCUGCGACACCUCGACCUCCAGAUCAAGCAGUUGAGCGAUAGGGGCGAGCCUGGUUUUACCGAUCCCGACGAGAUACCCUCUCUGAUACGACCGAGCGCCGCCAACAAUAGCAACACAUCUGUCAGGGUCUUGUCUGUUACUACUAAUUCGACGCCGCUUAACCCUAUCCUAAAUAAUGCCAGCCCUACCACCGUCAGAUUAUCUAACCCCCAGGCGCGUGCCGCACAAUCGCAGGCCCAUAUCUCAUCUUCAGCGCCAGCUUCUCCCGCUGCGAGCAUGAUCCUCAACCGAAACCACCGUGAAUCGUCUGCCGGACCUGGGAGUGGCGUUCCUAAGAGGGGACCACGGACAUCUUCUGGCGUGGGCAACCUCCCAGCUAAUUCAAGUGGACUGGCGCGGCAUUCGUCGCUUGGACCGGGCACGCCCAAACCCGGUACGCCCGGCGCUUCGAGUCGGGCAGGGAGCGCGGGACCUAAAGGAGUGACAAAGGCAUCGAGUAACGGUACUGGUCGAAAGAGUACACCAGGAGCGGUCGCACGCAGGAAGCCGCCCACCUCGAAAUCAACGCUAUCUCGUGUGAAGCGGGCAGGGCAGUCGAAAGGGUCUCCAGCCUCGACAGCCGAUAGCGAGCUCUCAGACGCGGAUUCGGCGCCUUCGUCACACCAGGUUGAUAAGGACGAGGAGAUGAUAGAUAGGGAUGACGACGAAGAAGUCUCGGGCUCCGAUGGCGUUUCAGGCAUUGAUGAUGACGAGGACGAGGAGGGGAAGAGGUAUUGUCUGUGUCAGGCGGUAUCGUAUGGCGAUAUGGUGGCGUGUGAUAAUCCUUCCUGUCCCUUCGAGUGGUUCCACUGGAGCUGUGUUGGACUGAAAUCAGAGCCCGAGGGUCGCUGGUACUGUCCCACCUGCAGUGCGGAGCGCGCUGAAAGUCUGAAGAAGAAGGGCAAGUAA